UUGUUCCUUUUAUCAAUAAUCACCGACAUAUAUCCUUCUAUACACCUGUGUGCGUGGGCGUGGGAGAUGGCGCCAGGUGAGGCGUUAUCGUCCAAUAAGACUUUCAACAUUUGUCAUUCCCUGUCAUUGAGGAUAAGCAUCCACGCUAAUCCACGCCGCAGUCGCCGCACCUUAACGAUCCACAUACAAGACCGUUCAUCUGUGAACGGAUUAUUCAAAUGAGUUCCUUACAUCUAGCAGAUGGCUCCGAGAAGCCAGCGGAAGUGGAAGGUCAGGCGCGUCUGUAUAGCAUGGUAUAUUGUCCCUUCGCUCAUAGAAUACGCCUCGUGCUGAGUCUAAAGCAGGUCCCACACGACAUUGUCAAUAUCAACUUGCAGAGCAAACCGCAGUGGUUUCUCGAAAUUCAUCCGGAUGGCAAAGUACCAAUUUAUAUAGAUUCGGAUGGUACAAUAAUAACAGAUUCUGUCGCAGUGGCGAACUAUAUAGAUGAGAAGUAUCCUGAGCCUCCUCUAUACAACGAUGAGACAAAGAGUCGUGAUUUAGAGCUGUUAGAUCACUUCUCUAAGAUUAUGGAUACUUUUGCAAAUUGCAUAUUUGGCAAAGACAAGAGACAGUUUGAAGAGAUUCUCAUUGAGGUAACGGAUGAUUUACAAGAAUUUGAAGACGAGCUUAAUGUACGCAAAACAACCUUUUUCGGGGGGAGUAAUCCAAAUAUGUUAGACGUUCUAAUAUGGCCUUGGUUUGAACGUGCAAAAGCUCUGACUAUACUUUAUAAACAGCGUGCAAGUCUUGACAAGGAGAGAUUUCCCCGUAUUAUGGAAUGGGUAGAUGGAAUGAAAGAUCAGUCAUUCGUUCUAAAACACAGAGGCUCGUAUGAAAAGUUUGCAAAAUUCGUAGAAACUGUAAGAACAGGAAGUGUUGAUUAUGACAAUCUUUAAAUGUAUUUGCAAUACUAUAACAAAAGCAAUGCUGCAAAGAUGAAUACAAAAUAGUUUGGCAAAAAUUAACAUAUUAACAUCAGUAUUAA